CAGUAGGAUAAUAAGAGAUGCGCUCCAGCUCUCAGCCAUUGGUCGGAUUGAGCGCGUGCAAGACAAACCUUGUGAGAGAAUCCUGUUUGAAUUCACCAUGGCUUCAAAGUGCCCUAAAUGCGAAAAGACUGUGUAUUUUGCUGAGAAGGUGUCGUCAUUGGGGAAGGACUGGCACAAGUUCUGCCUGAAGUGCGAGCGCUGCAGUAAGACCCUGACAGCGGGUGGCCAUGCUGAGCAUGAUGGGAAACCAUACUGCCACAAGCCAUGCUAUGCUGCCCUCUUUGGUCCAAAAGGUGUGAACAUUGGAGGUGCAGGAUCAUAUGUGUACGAAAAUCCCGCCAACAAUUCCCCACCCGGAUCCACCGUGGACUCCGCACCCAAACCUCAGGAGAAAUGGGUCCCAGCAUCUUCAAAGCUGCCAUCUAAAGCUGGAAGCAUCACCACCUUCUCUGGGGAAGCAAACCUGUGUCCCAGAUGCAACAAGAAGGUCUAUUUUGCUGAGAAGGUGACAUCACUGGGGAAGGACUGGCAUCGCCCGUGUCUGCGCUGUGAAAGAUGUAGAAAGACCCUGGCAGCUGGCAGCCACGCAGAGCACAAUGGUCAGCCCUACUGCCAUAAGCCGUGUUAUGCUGUCCUCUUCGGCCCAAAAGGUGUAAACACUGGUGGGGUUGGCAGCUACAUUUACGACAAGGAGCCCAACACUGAGGCUCAGCCUUGAUUUUCAGUCUUUGGGAAGCCCAACUACACUAUAACAACAGCCACUACCAGUACCUCACGCACUUUCACAUAUUGCCCCACUUCUGGCCUUAUCACGGAUCUUUCUGCAGAAAAGUGACGCCACAUGCUACAACCAUGCCUUCAGCUCCAACUGCACCACUGACAGUCCCUUGGGCUCUUCUUAUUGGUCCACUUGAUAGUCCUCUACCCCAAUUCCAACUGUCCACAACAAGAGGAAAAUUUGAGCUUCGUGAUAUACACACACUGGUCAACAUGAUCGUUUCUGACUUGUCCUACAAUUAAUUUUAAGA